CAAAAAACCGCAAGAAAUUAAAAGGCUCCUAACAUGGCAGAUUCAAGCUCUUCACUUCUUCCUCUUUGCGAAAGGAUCUCAUACAAAAGAUAUUUUCUAAGAGCUGUGGAUCUCACGAUUCUCGGGCUUCUCUUUUCUCUUCUAUUGUACCGGAUUCGACAUAUGAGCCAAAACGACACCGCUUGGAUCGUGGCUUUCCUAUGUGAAUGUUGUUUCACUUUCGUAUGGCUGCUUGUUACUUCCACAAAAUGGAGUCCUGCUGAACAUAAACCAUAUCUUGAUAGACUUGAUGAAAGGGUUCAUGAGCUUCCAUCGGUAGAUAUGUUUGUUACCACGGCGGAUACGGUUCGCGAGCCGCCGGUUCUUGUUUUGAACACCGUGCUUUCGCUGUUAGCUGUAAACUAUCCGGCAAAUAAACUAGCUUGUUAUGUGUCGGACGAUGGAUGCUCACCUCUCACUUACUUCUCUCUCAAGGAAACUUCUAAGUUCGCCAAGAUUUGGGUUCCUUUCUGCAAGAAAUACAACGUUAGAGUUAGAGCUCCUUUUAGAUAUUUCUUGAACCCUCUGAACGCAACAGAGGAUUCAGAAUUCAGUAGAGAGUGGGAAAUGACAAAGAGGGAGUACGAGGAGUUAGUGCAAAAAGUGGAAGACGCCACCGGAAAUUCUUCUUGGUUGGAUGCUGGCGAUGAUUUUGAAGCUUUCUCAAACACAAAGCCAAGUGAUCAUUCAACUAUAGUGAAGGUGAUAUGGGAGAACGAGGAAGGUGUAGGAGACGAGAAAGAGGUCCCUCAUUUUGUCUACAUUUCAAGAGAGAAAAAACCUAAUUGCCUUCAUCAUUACAAAGCUGGAGCCAUGAACUUUCUGGCAAGAGUGUCAGGGUUGAUGACAAAUGCACCGUACAUGCUGAACGUAGACUGCGACAUGUACGCGAAUGAAGCAGAUGUGGUGCGACAAGCAAUGUGUAUAUUUCUUGGAGGAUCUAUGAAACAAAACGAUUGUGCUUUUGUUCAGUUCCCUCAAAUUUUCUAUGAUUCUAGCAUCGGUGAACUCGUCGUCUUACAAACAUAUGUGGGAGGAGGAAUUGCGGGAAUCCAAGGACCAACGUAUGCAGGCUCGGGAUGUUUCCACACUAGAAGAGUUAUGUAUGGUCUUUCUGUAGACGAUUUAGACGAUGAUGGAAAUUUAUCUUCACUUGCUACAAGGAAGCUUUUGGCUGAGGAGAGUUUAGAGAAAAAAUUUGGGAAGUCUAAAGAGAUGGUGAAAUCGAUGGUUGAUGCAUUACAAAGAAAAUCAAACCCCCAAGACACCCUCACAAACUCUAUAGAAGCCGCUCAAGAAGUGGGGCAUUGUCACUACGAGGACCAAACCAGCUGGGGCAAAACCGUCGGUUGGUUAUACGAUUCAACGACGGAAGAUGCACACACUAGUGUUGGAAUCCAUUCAAGAGGCUGGACUAGCUCAUAUAUAUCUCCGGAACCACCGGCGUUUCUUGGGUGCAUGCCGCUGGGUGGACCCGAUGCAAUGGUUCAAAAUCGGCGAUGGGCGACGGGUUUCCUUGAAAUUCUUUGUACCAAACAAAAUCCAUUGAUCGGAAGUUUUUGCAAGAAAUUAAGAUUCCGACAAAGCUUGGCUUAUCUUUAUUUGUUUACAUGGGCUCUGAGGUCAAUUCCUGAGCUCUUUUAUUGCCUCUUGCCUGCUUAUUGCGUACUCCACAAUUCUACCUUAUUUCCCAAGGGAGUUUGUAUAGGUAUAAUCGUUACACUUGUGGGGAUACACAGCCUCUAUACUCUAUGGGAAUUUAUGAGCCUUGGGUUUUCCGUAAGUUCAUGGUAUGCCUCCCAAUCGUUUUGGAGAAUAAAAACCACUGGUAGUUGGUUAUUUAGCAUCCUUGAUAUCAUUCUUAAGCUUCUUGGAAUUUCCAAUACCGUCUUCAUAGUCACUAAAAAGACUAUUUCCAAGACGAGAGUAGAGUCAGGGGAUGGUCCAAACAAAGAUUCAGAUAAAUUUGAAUUCGAUGGUUCACUUUUUUUCUUGCCCGGCACCUUCAUUCUGUUGGUAAAUUUAACGGCUAUAGCUUGUUUUUUAACGGGUCUACAUUGGUUGGAUCGUAGCUAUGAAGGAAGUGGUUCGAGUUUGAUAGAGGCUUGUGGAUGUAUUGUGGUGGUAAUGUUGUUCCUUCCAUUUCUAAAAGGUUUGUUUGAGAAGGGAAAAUAUGGUAUCCCAUUGUCUACUCUUUCUAAAGCUGCCUUUUUAGCAGCUUUAUUUGUUGUUUUCUCUGUAAGAAACUAGUAUAAAGAAAAGAUCGACUUUGUUGUGCAACGUAGCUAAGUUUAUCAUGGCAUUGUCACAAUGGAAAUUAAUGGUUUUUAUCCAAUUAGUCUCUAGUUUCUCAUUGUACUUGUAUAUAUAUGGUUCAG